AUGUCCGAUAAAGAUAAAAAAAUAACAUUUAAGAGGAAAUUUAUUUCUUUGGAAGUAAAGAUACAAAUCUUGGAUCGUCUUUUGAAAGGAGAAAAAGCAUCUCACAUUGGGAAAAGUCUUAAUUUGAAUGAAGCAACAGUCCGGACAAUUAAGAAAAAUGAAAAAGAAAUAAGAAGUGCAGUUGCUGCAGGAUCUUCAACAUCCGCAAAACGUGCAGCUCGCCCCCGAGCGCCAAUAAUUGAGAAGAUGGAAAAAGCACUCAGCAUUUGGAUUGAUGAUAGUUGUCAAAAAAGAAUUCCAUUGGAUGGUAAUAUCAUUAAACAAAAGGCACUCAAAAUUUACAAACACCUUAAAGAACAUGGAGAAUCCUCUGUCAACCCAGAUUUUGUGGCAAGAGAAUCUGCGUCGGCUGAUCAUGAAGCCGCUAGGACGUAUCCAGAAAAAAUUCAAAACAUUAUAAAAGAGCAAGGAUACACAUCAGAUCAAGUUUUCAAUGCUGACGAAACUGGGCUUUGGUGGAAAAAAAUGCCCAGUAGAACCUUUAUAUCCAAAAAAGAAAAAACUGCACCCGGAUUUAAGGUGUCUAAAGAUCGUCUAACGCUCCUUUUGUGCAGUAAUGCGUCGGGAGACUUUAUGACAAAACCCUUACUAGUUUAUAGAUCUUUAAAUCCUCGUGCACUUAAAGGCGUAAAUAAAAGCACCUUACCGGUAUAUUGGAAAGCAAAUCCAAGAGCUUGGGUAACUGGAAAUUUAUUUAAAGAUUGGUUUUUAAAUUGUUUUGUACCAAAUGUUGAACGUUAUUUAAGGCAGAAAAAUUUGAGCUUCAAGGUGCUAUUACUAUUAGAUAAUGCUCCAUGUCACCCACAAGAUUUGAAUCAUCCCAACGUCAAAAUACUAUUCCUACCACCUAACACUACUUCGUUGCUCCAACCAUUGGAUCAAGGGAUUAUUUUUACUUUUAAAACGUAUUACAUCAGAAGAGCAUUACAUUGGAUUUUAGACGUAACCGAUUCAAAAUCAAUUAAUGGAAUGGAAGCUUGGAAGAAAUUUUCAAUUAAGCAUUACAUCGAUAUCAUAUCUUUGUCGCUAAAAGAACUGAAAACAUCAACAUUAAAUGCGUAUUGGAAAAAGAUAUGGCCCUCUUCAGUUCAAAUAGAAAACGUGUGUGAAUCGUCAGAAAAUGACAUUGGUUAUUUUGCGAAGGAUAUGGCUAUUGAGGACGUUCAAGAGUUAUUAGUGGAAGAAGAAGUUGACGAAGCGGAUUUGAUGGAAAUGGCAUCCGAAGCCGUAAAUCAAAUCGAUUCUGAGGACACUAGCACUGAUGAAGAUUGUGCAGUUAAUAAUUUAACGUUAAAAAAAUUACAAGAAGGCCUAAGCUUAGCUGAAAAUCUCGAGUCAUUUUUUUUUAAUGCAGACCCUUCCGCUGAAAGAAGCCGAAAAUUUAAAAGGGAAUUACAAAACUGUUUAGCUCCAUACCGAGAAAUUUACAAUGACCUCGUAAGAACCAGCAAGCAAAGCAGAAUUACAGAUUUUUUAAAGAGAAAAGAAGAUAUAACAACUUUAAAUGAAGAAAAUGGUUCUGAAAGUGAAGGCGAUAUCAUUCUACCAAAAAAACGUUCUCGGUUAAUUGUAGUGAGCAGUGACGAUGAAGAAAUUUAUUAA